UCCAGAUCUCACCCAAAAAACUUAUACAGAAGCUGCAUUUCAAGAUAGAGUGGCCACUGAAUGGUUGCCACUUUGAUCCGGACACCCCCGUUAAAACACAUGUUAAGUUCUGCUUACUUCUACCCCAAAUUAAGCAAAUUUCAAAUUGGCACUUGAUUCAUGCACCUCGCCCUUUACAACUGACGCUCCUGGGAUGCGGCGUCACCGCAAGGGCCAAACCGACCGGGUUUCAUUCCUCAAGUCACAUCAUUACACUUGCAUGGCGUGGCGCAGUUCAUCACCCUAACGAUACGGCAGCAGAUUUCCAGCUUUCGGCUCCAGAGAUAGCUGCAUGCGUGGGGCCCUUAGCCGAGCUCGAAGCCCUGAGGCUCUUAAAGAACCGUAGGAUGGUGCUGAGGGUCCGCGGCUGCUUUACACCGACGAACGAAGUUUGAUACUAGCGGACAUCAGAGCGAAACUGCCAAAACAUGAGGGACAGACUAGGAGACUUGCAGGAGACCUCCAGCAACCAUGUGGAGCCUAUGGACUACGCUGAGUCCACCGUCUCCGACUCCUUCAGCAAUGUUGACCUGGAGGACGAGCUUCAGCACGAAGCCGUGGUGUUUGACAACAGCGGGGAUCUGGACGAGGUCUUUUCCCAGUCACAGGACAUCCACAAGGAGAUCCAACACAUCCGACUGGAGGUCAAAAGGCUCCGCGAGCAGAACUCCCGCAUCCUGAGUGGCACCACCACCAUGAGCACAAUCAAAAGGGACUCCAACGUGAUCGGCGCCGAUAUAAAGUCACGGGCUGAGCGCGUGCUCGGGUCCCUGCGCGACAUGGACGGCACGGCCCACAAGCUGGAGGAGAGGCGCGGCUCGAAUUCGGCCAUCACGCGUAUCGCCAGGACCCAGUACGCCUGCCUCAGCAACGGCUUCCGCGACGUCAUGUUUGACUACAACGACGCCGAGAUGAGCCACCGGGAGAACUGUAAAGCCCAGAUCCAGAGGCAGAUGGAGAUAGUGGGGCGCGAGGUGACGGGAGAUGAGGUGGAGGAGAUGAUAGAAACAGGCCAGUGGAACAUCUUCAACGACAACGUGGUGAUAGAAGGCCGAACGGCUCAGUCAGCGCUGUUCCAGAUUGAGAAGCGUCACCAGGAGUUGGUAGACCUGGAGAACCGUAUCAAGGGCAUCCAUGACAUAUUCCUGGACAUUGCCAUGCUGGUGGAGGAGCAGGGCUCCAUGCUGAACACCGUUCAAACCAACGUUCAAAAGACUGAUGAGGCCUUACAGCAUGCCCUCAUCAGACUUGGCAAGGCCAAACGCCAUAAAGACAACAAUCCAUUUAAGAAGAUGUUUUGUAGCUGUUUUCCAUGUGUCGAUUAAUGAUUGCAGAGAAAAGAGAUGGGUGGAGGGAUGGCAAAAUAUGCAACGUGCUGUCUAGACAAAGAGAGCUUCUCAUUGUCACAAAGUAUUUAUUGGCAUGGCUUGUAGAGUUGUUGCAUAAUAACUUAUUUCCAGGAAGAAAAAUUAAAGAUUGGAUACAACAGCAGGAGAGACAAAAAUGCUUUGGUGAAAUUGAAAGUUGUAUUAAAGUAAUGUCUGUAAUGUUUAAAUGAAAUGUUUGAGACAGGUAUCUCAAAUCACCAUUUAUCCGCCCAAGACGGUACGACUGUGGGAAGUGAUUUUAAAAAAUAUGUUAGGUAUGUGUUUGCACGCGACAAGCUGCCCGUAUAGAAAUAUUUUCACAUACAAAUUCAAUUCAGAAAAUAUUUCGUAUUUUCUGACCCAAUUAAAAAAAAAAAAAAAAGGGAUGUAGCAGAUAUAAAGCUGAGUCUGUUUUAAGAACUGUGCCAUCUAGAUGAAGUUCUCGAUUAGAUUUUAUUUUCCCGAUAUUUAAAUAUUAUGAAAUGCUCUGAUUACCAGUAACAAGUCAUUCCAUGUGGGUCACGUUGCACCGCGCGUUUGGAAUUCCCCAUUAUUUUUGCCGCAUGGUUGGAGAGCGUGAGUAACUUAACAUAUUGAUUAGGUUUUGUGAUCAGUCUAGACUUACACUAAUUUUCCUCUUUUAUGACAUUGUAUUAUAAUAGCCUUUUUGCUGUUUUGUGGUGUAUUGUAUAUAGUAUAAAGAUAUAUUAAAAUAUAAAAUGAGAA